AUGCCUUUUGGAAAUGGAGACACUGGAUCACAGCGCAAACAUGGCGUCCCCGCGGCGCGGCUGCCCCUCUCGGGCUGGUGCCUGCUCUGCUCCCUGCUGUGCGGGGGGCUGGCGGCGGCCCGGGCGCCCCCGGCCCCCGCCUGCCAGCCCUGCGCCGCCGACUGUACCUGCGCCGGCCCCGCCUGCCUCGUCAACUGCUCUGCCCGCGGGAUGGAGCGCCCGGGGGCCGGCAUCCCUCCCGCCGCCACGGCGCUGGAUCUUUCCAAUAACAGGAUCAGUGGUUUAGAUGUUCAGAUAUUCGAAAGCCUGACUUCUCUGGCAAAACUCGAUAUAAGCCACAACAAGAUUUCUACAUUAGAAGAUGGAAUAUUUGAUAAUUUAUUUAAUUUAAGUGAAAUAAACUUAAGUUGGAAUCCAUUUGUUUGUGACUGCAAACUUUCCUGGUUGCCCCGUUGGAUGGAAGACAGAAAAGUGAAAGUUAUUCACGCGUCAGAUACGAGAUGUGCCCACCCCCCUGAGGUGGGAAACCUUUCCCUCUUCGACGUCUUGUUCGUCAAUGCUACUUGUGGAGCUCAAUACAUAACGUGUCAGACAAGCAACAACACAGAAGGGGCUGAACUUGUCAUCCUCUUCACGUCUGUUCACCCUGGGAACCUCACCGAAGAGACCUGCAGUGCCCUCUGUUAUGCCGAAGACCAGGAAUAUGGAGGUUUCAGCACCCAGGGGCAGUGUUUGUGUGGUACUGCCUAUGAAACAAACUCUUCCUCCGGUUGUUUGCCAUUUUGCACUGAGCAUUUGUCCGGGCAGGCCUGUGGUGGCCCAUCACUCGUCCCCUCUCCCUUCCAGGCGCAGCUGCCUGUGUCUUUCACAGGACUCCAGUCCCAGUACAGCCUGCACCAGGCCGUGCUCUUCAAUGUCAGUAUUCCCAUUGCUGUCAGCACUUUACUGUGGGAAUUUGGGGACCAGACAGAGGUUCUCAACGCCACUGGAAAUGCAGCUGUCCACGUGUAUGCCUUACCUGGGCAGUACAAUGUCACUGCCACCAUCUUUGUGGGCACCAAGGUCUUAUACGUGCAGGCAGAAAUUGAGGUGGUGGCUUCACCCCAACAGUUAGAACUGCAAUGUCCUUCCUUGGUCAAGACGAAUGAGAGUCUGGACAUACGGAUCCGCAACAGAGGUGGCACUGGCCUCGCGGUGUUGUACGGUAUCACUGCAGAGGCUGGCGAGCUGGGCAGAGCAGUUCACCCCAUGUGUCCCUCUGAUGGCUUGGUUUUCCCGGGCAAUAACCACUGCUAUCAGCUGGUGGUGGAGAAGGCUGAGUGGCUGGAGGCCCAGCAGCACUGCCAGGAGCACGGCAACGGAGAGCUGGCUUUUGUGAGCAGCCCCGAGAUCCAGAGCUUCUUGGUCGCUCAUGUCAUCAGGAGCCUUGAUGUCUGGAUUGGAUUCAAUGAUUUUGCAAGCACUGGAGCACAGCAAAGAGGCGAAGGAUUUAAUCUGGAGAGCUGUCAGAACUGGCUGCCAGGAGAACCCCAUCCGUCAAAUGCUGACCACUGUGUCCGGAUGGGCCCAACGGGCCAGUGUAACACAGACCUGUGCAUGGCUAAGCACAGCUACGUCUGCGAGUACAAGCCAAAAGGAGUUCUCUUAAAUGCCGAAAACUUCUUUGUGGGAGACCUGGUGUUUGACACACAUGAGGCUGUGAAAAAUGUGACAGAAGACGUGCUGUCAGCUCCAUGGCAAGCUGCGGAGGUGAUGGUGUUCCCUGAGCUGGCGUUCAGGCACGAGGGAUAUUUGACUGCCCUGGAGUUUGUGACACAGGAACUGCAUCAACCUGUUCAAGUGAGGUUCCAGGUGCAUAGACCGAUAGAUGGAGAAGACUACCAGGAGGGAAAAAAUGUUACAGAACCAUUCCACGCUGCUCAGGAUGAUGGGAACUGGACGCUAUUUGAAUGCCCUCCUGGUUUCCAGUGGUGUCAGUUGACUAAUUUGUGCUUGUCACUAAACAACUGCUGCAACGCGACCGAGUGUGCCAACAGUUCUCUCGCCAGCAGCCCUACCCCCGUUUCCCCUCAGCACAAUGAAAGCCAGCUCAGCUAUGAACUCGUCAAGGAAUUUCUCUUUACAAUACCAGCUGGCCCUUCUUCCCAGUAUCUGGUCACAUUCAGAAAAGAGCAUAUUUUUGUCAAGGCCAAGGACAUCUUCAGUAUCCAGCACAAUGCAGGCUUGGGCUUACUCCUCCAGUGCCAGCCAAGUACCACAUCGCCUUACAGAACCAACGUCUUAAGCACAAACUCUUCAGAGUGGGCACUUGGCCUGUCCGAGAGCUCCAUUGGUGCCACCUGGAUAAACAACACUGUUUGCUCUCUCCGAAUUCGCUAUGCCGAGGAACAACUGGUGCCAGUGAUCAGCCCCAACAACGCGGGGCUGGAGCAUCCAGGUCGCUACACGGUCAGAGCCAGCGUGGACAACGGGGUCUUCAGUGCCAAUCUGUCGUGCAGUUUCUGGGUGACUUCCUGGGUGUCAGGCCUGCGUGUCAUCCACCCCCCUCCUCAAGGCAGCAGGGUCUACCUACCAUCCAACCACACCACCCUGGUCGUCAAACUCUCCUCAGGGGUGAACGCGACAGCUAGCUGGCUGGGAGACAACCACACCUUCCCCUUCCAAGGGUCCUGCCCAGUGGCUGUUGCACCGCUGACAGCAGAUUGUGCCAGGGAGACCAACGACACCUGGUUUGCUGUGGUCAGCCUGAGCGGCCUCAGGGAGGGAGUGAGCACCCACGUGCUUGUUGCAGAGAACGCUGUGAGCUCCCAGAACAUCACUGUCACCGUGAAAGUGGAGGAGCCCAUCCGUGGGCUGCGGGCCACCCCUGACCCUGAGAGCAGAGUCCUGCUAAAUACGCGAGUGAGCUACGUCCCUGUGAUGGAAGCUGGGUCAGAUGUGACUUUCCGAUGGACAGUAGAUGAUAAGCCAUCUUUCACUUUUUACAAUGUUGUCUUCAACGUUAUCUACCAAAGCCCAGCUGUGUACAAGCUUUCGCUCACCGCCUCCAACCACGUCAGUAACUUUACGGUCAAUUACAAUGUCACAGUGGAGAUGAUGAAUAAGAUGAAGAACCUGACUGUGUUGGGUGUCCUGCCGGUCCUCCCUCAGAACAGCACCGUGGAGCUUACAGCAAGAGUUCAGGUUGAUUCAGCUGUGGAUGCUAUGUUCCUGUGGGAUUUUGGAGAUGGUGUCCAGGAGACAUACCUGUUCAGACCUCCCUACAACAAGUCUUUCCUUGUUCCUGAUCCCAGUGUCCAUGAGGUUGUAAUUGAGCACAAUGUUUCACACAUCUAUCAAGACCCAGGCGAAUAUGCGCUGCUGGUUCUUGUGUCAAACCAGUUUGAGAACCUCACCUGCUUGACCCCAGUUCACAUCCACAGUUACCUGAUUGAUGUGAAGAUGGAAGUAGAGGAGGAUGUUUUAGUUGUGAGCCGUCCAGUCACCUUCAGAGCGAAUGCAUUGCCGUCUCCUUACGGUGUCGUGUACACCUGGGACUUCGGGGACGGGUCUUCACUGUUCACAGAGAGCCAGUCUACAGUGACGUACAGCUACUCCAGAAGAGGGGUAUACAACAUCACCCUGACAGCGAACAAUACCAUAAGCAGUGUGGAGACAGUUGAGUGCUACCAAGUGUUUGAAGAGAUAACUGGGCUCCAUGUUUCCGCAGAUGAGGCAGCAGAGCUGGGGGCAGCUGUGACCCUUAAUGCUUCAGUGCAGACAGGGGACAGUAUCACCUGGAUAUUUGAUAUGGGGGACGGGACGGUGCUGAGGAGUCAGGUGCCAGUGAUAGAACAUGUGUACAUGAAGGACAUCAACUGCACUGUGAACGUCACUGCUGUGAAUCCUGUGAACUCUGUCUCCCAAACUGUGCCUGUUCGGAUAUUUGUCCUGGAGGUACUCAAAAUAGAGCCUACUUCUUGCAUCCUUGAGCACCCAGAUGUGCAGCUCACUGCAUAUGUGACAGGGAAUCCUGAUGAAUACAUCUUUGAUUGGACUUUCGGAGAUGGCUCGUCCAAUGUCACAAUCAGUAGGGACCCUGUGGUGAUGCACAACUUCACCCGAAGUGGGACGUUCCCCCUCUCGCUGACUCUCUCAAGCAGGUUUAACAAGGCUCACUAUUUCACCAGCGUCUGUGUCGAGCCAGAGAUAGUCAACGUCACCCUUCUCCCUUCCAAGCAGUUUGUGAGGCUUGGUGAUGAGAGCAGCUUCCAGGUCAGUGCCGUGCCUCUCUACCAGUACCGCUACCGCUGGGAUUUUGGGAACAACGAGUCCACUAGGUCAAGUGGGACUGAAGUGACCUACACCUACAAGAACACAGGGGUCUUCCUGGUCACGGUGACCGUAUCCAACAAUGUCUCUUUCAACAAUGACACAGCGUUUGUGGAAGUCCAGGAACCAGUUGGGGUAGCAAAGAUUGAAUAUAAUGGGACAAGUGUUUUGGAGCUGAAUCAGAUGUACCUGUUCUCUGCCAGCAUGAAUGGAACCAAAGUGAGUUACUGUUGGGACUUUGGAGAUGGCACUACCCAGCCUGGCCAAAUCGCUACCCACUCCUACAACAACACGGGGCAUUACACUAUUAGUGUGAUGGGCCGGAAUGAUGUGAGUGUUAAUGAGACCAUCAUCGAUGUCACAGUGAAACGUCGGCUCCACGGGCUGACCAUCAAUGCCAGCAGGACAGUGGUGCCAUUAAAUGGUUCGGUCAGUUUUGUAGCCACGCUUGUAGCUGGCAGUGCCAUCCGCUACUCGUGGAUCCUCUGCGACCGGUGCACUCCUAUCCAAGGCUCCUCCACAAUUUCCUACACUUUCCGGUCCGUGGGCACAUUCAAUGUCAUUGUGACAGCAGAGAACAAGAUCAGCUCGUUGCAGGACAGCAUCUACGUCUACGUCCUGGAGCAGAUUGAAGGCCUGCAGGUGGCUAGCAGUGACCUGGUGGAGGACGUCUACUUCCCAACUAACAAAACACUCCAUUUGCAGGCAGUGGUGAGAGAGGGAACCAACAUCUCUUACAGCUGGGUAGCCCAAAGGGAUGGCAAUGUUGUGCAGACCUUUUCUGGGAAAACCUUCUCCUUGAGCAUCCUAGAAGCUGGAAACUACACUGUCUAUCUGAAAGCCACUAAUAUGCUGGGAUGCGCAACUGCUAACAGGACGCUGGAGUUCAUUGAAAGCAUUGGUCUUUUAAAGCCUUAUGCCUUCCCCAACCCAGUUGCUAUUAAUGCCUCUGUUAACAUAAGUACCACCAUAACCAGUGGCACUGGCAUCACAUAUGUUUGGUACCUGGAGGAUGGCUUCUGUCCUGUUACCUCUGAACCCUUUAUUAUACACUCCUUCCAAAGCCCUGGAGUGAUAGAGGUCGUCAUUAGAGCAGAAAACAAGCUGGAUUCAACAAAUGCAACAAUUUAUAUCUGUGUAGAGGAGGUCAUAGAGGGGCUGAGUAUAGGGACUGCAGAACUGGACUGUAGGUAUGUCUCAUCAGGCUCCACUGUGGUCUUUGAAGGGGAGCUGCAGAAAGGGACUGAAGUGACGUGGCUUUGGGAGGUGCCAAACGGCACAUUGACUGGCCAGUCCGUGGCAGUCACGUUCCCCACAGCAGGGUUUUAUACAGUCUAUCUGAAUGCAUCGAAUGACAUCAGCUGGGCUCUGGCCAGCAGGAAUAUCUCAGUGCUGGACAGGAUUCAAGGACUGGAAGUUCUUGCCAGCAAGAAGGUGGUGGAGCCAGGGGAACAGGUCACCUUUGUGAUCAGGAUGUUGUCAGGUACCUCUGUGAGUUACUUGGUGAGCAUAAGUGGGGACUACUCUGUGGUGCUCAACGGGUCCACGUACACGCAUGAGUUCACCACGAGUGGUGAUUAUUUGGUGACCGUGACAGUGCAGAACCAAAUUAGCAUCGCACAUGCCCAGGUGCUCAUCUCUGUUCUGGAGGCCAUCCGCGACGUCAGGCUCCUGAACUGCUGUGAGGAAGGCAUACCCACAGGCACGGAGAAGAGCUUCAGUGCUCAGGUGGGGAGUGGCUCCCGUGUGUCAUUCUCCUGGCAGUUCUCCCUGUGGAAAGAGCAAGGCAGAUCUGUGGUCACUGUGGCAGGAGAAAGUGUUUCCUACACUCCAGAAGCUGCAGGGCUGCUUGAGAUUCACCUCAAUGCUUUCAACGACUUGGGAGGUAUCAAUAUCACCAGAACCAUUCAGGUCCAAGACCCGAUAGUCCAAGUCUCCCUCACUGCCUCCAAUGCCUUUGUCAACAGGACAGCACUGUUUGAAGCAGCAGUGGUGCCCAGCAGCAGGAGUGUUGAGUUCUUGUGGACCUUUGGGGAUGGCUCUUCCACUCAAAUGACCAGGGUUGCAGUGGCCAACUAUUCUUACCUGAGCCCUGGGGAUUACCUGGUGGAGGUGAAUGCCACCAAUCUCAUCAGCUUCUUCAUAGCCCACCUCACUGUCACUGUCAAAGUCCUGGAGUGUGAGGAGCCAGAGGUGGAGUUAGCCUUGCCCCCUCAAGUAGUCAUGAAGCGGUCCCAGAGGAACUACCUAGAGGCACAGAUUGACCUCCGAGGAUGCAUCAAGUACCAGACGGAGCACCUGUGGGAGAUCUACCGAGCACCAAGCUGCAUGAACUUGGAUGACUCCAGCAGGAUCCGUCUGCCGAACGUUGAUGUGAACAGGCCCCAGUUAGUUAUACCGAAGCUUGCCCUGGAAGUUGGGAACUAUUGCUUCAUCUUUAUUGUCUCCUUUGGAGAUACCCCACUGUCCAAAAGCAUCUUUGCCAAUGUAACUGUGAUACCCAGUAAGCUGGUCCCAAUCAUUGAUGGGGGGUCAUACCGUGUAUGGUCCAACACUCAGGACUUAAUCUUGGAUGGGGAGAAAUCCUAUGACCCGAACUUGGAUAACGGUGAACAGACUCCGUUGUUAUACGAUUGGUCUUGUACGUUCUCCUCCAAGAGCUCGGCUGCAGGGUGCUCUCUGAAUUUCAGUGCCAAGGAAGGAAUUGUCACAAUUUCCAAAGCUGUAUUAGAAGCAGAUGUGGAGUAUACAUUCGACCUCACCGUCAGGAAGGAGGGUAUGAGUCCCGAGGCAACAAAUCAAACCGUAUUCAUCAAGAGGGGGGGAGUCCCUAUCGUGUCCCUGGAGUGUGUUUCCUGCAAGGCUCAGUCUGUCUAUGAAGUUAGCAAGAGCUCCUACGUCUACCUGGAGGGGACCUGCCAGAACUGUCACAAUGACUCCAAGCUCGGGAGAUGGGCAGCACACAGCUUUAAAAACAAGUCUCUCAUCCUGGACAAAAAAACUACCUCCACUGGCGACACAGGAAUGAACCUGGUCUUGAGGCAAGGGGCACUGAAGGAUGGGGAGGGAUAUACUUUUACCCUUCACAUCACAGACCUCACAACAGGGGAGGAAGGAUUCGCCUCCAUCGAUCUGCUCCCAAACCAGCCGCCCGUUGGAGGAUCCUGCCGGCUGUCUCCCAAAGGACCCCUCAGGGCACUGAUGGCAAAGGUGCACUUUGAGUGUGCAGGCUGGCGAGACACGGAGGACGCGGAGGGCCCGCUGGUGUACAUCCUCCUGGCAUCCCGCCGCAGGGCCGGGCACUACCACGAGUUCUGCGUGUACAAGGGCAGUCGUGCCGAGCACAGCGCCUUCCUGCCCCCGGGCUUUCAUGAGAGUGGCUUCAAGGUGUCCGUGUCAGUCCUUGUUCAGGACCAGCUGGGAGCGACCGUGGUGGCCAUUAACCGCUCCAUGGAAAUCGGCUUACCCGAGGGGUUCCCCAGCCUCUCCCACUGGCUCUACAAUCAAACUGACACUGUGCUCCAGGGCUUAGUGAAACAAGGGGACCCUCAACAGGUCAUUGAGUACUCUCUGGCCCUCAUCACCAUCUUAAAUGAGUACGAGCGGUCCAUGCUUCUGGAACCUGAGACUGGGAAUGAAUUUGAACUCCGGACCUGGACUCGCAACAAUAUCACAGAAACCCUGAACUCGCUGAACGUGAACACAGUUGAUGAUAUCCAGCAGAUCUCAGCUGCCUUGGCGCAGUGCACGGUGGUGAGCAAGGAGCUGGUUUGCAAGUCAUGCCUGACAAGGACCUUGAACAAGCUGGAGACCAUGAUGACCAUUCUGCAAGGGGAAACGACCCAGGGCACAGUGACACCGACUGGUAUCGCCGACAACAUCCUCAACAUCACAGGUGACCUAAUUCACCUUGUCAAUACAGUUUCACAAGAAUCCAAGCCCCAGGAACUGCUUUCUGAUUCCCACAAUUUGCUGCUAGCUCCCAAAGCCUACAACCUGUCUUCCAGCCUGAUGCGCAUCCUCAUGAAGUCUCGAGUGCUGAAUGAAGAGCCCCUUGAGCUGGUGGGAGGAGAAAUUAAGGCCACAGGCAAGCGGUCUGAUCCCUUUAACUUGCUUUGCUACGAAAACACACCAAACUGCCAGUUCUCCAUCCCCCAGGCGUUCAACACCACCCUUUCCAACCUGACGGAUGUCAUUCAAGUCAUGUUCCAAGUGGACUCCAAUCCUUUCCCUUUUGGUUACAUCAGCAACUACACCGUGUCCACAAAGGUCGCCUCCAUGGAGUUUCAGACACACAACGGGGUGCAGAUCCCCAUUGGGAGCCUGGACUCAGAGAAAGCCAUCACUGUAAUGGUGUCAAACAACACAGAUGCUGACAAUCUCUCUGCUGGCACUGAAGUCAUCGAGGCGAGAACAUCUGUGAACCUCAUUGUGACUAUGGAGAGCAACAACAGAGAAGCAGGACUGCACUUCCAGCUCACUUACAGAGUCCUGAAUGAUCACUACAUUGCAAGCGAGCCCGAGCCAUUCAUCAUGGCUUAUCUCCAUCACGAACCCGAGCCCAACGAGCACAACUGCACUGCCUCUAAGAAAAUUGGCCUGGAUGCCCUGGCUGGAAGUGACCACAAGCUCUACACCUUCUUCACCUCACCCAGAACGGAUGACACCAUCCAGAAAUACUACUUCAACAUCACGAACCAUUUCAGCUGGUCCCCGGUGGAGGUGACUCUAGGGCUGUACACCUCCCUGUGCCAGUACUUCAGCGAGCAGGAGAAGCGGUGGAAGACAGAAGGCAUCAUCCCACUGGAAGAGACCAGGCCAGACCAGGCUGUGUGCUUAACUCAGCACCUCACCGCCUUUGGGGCCAGUCUGUUUGUCCCCCCAAACUCUGUCCAGUUCAUCUUUCCUGCUCCAGGCCCAGGUCUCAACUACAUCGUUCUGCUGACAUGUGCCGUCUGCUUUGUGACCUACUCAGUGGCUGCACUGAUCGUGCACAAGCUGGACAUGAUUGACAUUAACCGAGUGGGGGUGAUUCCCUUCUGCGGGAAGAACGGGCUGUACAAAUACGAGAUCCUGGUGAAAACUGGCUGGGGCAGAGGAUCAGGUACCACGGCCCACGUGGGGAUCGCCCUCUAUGGUGUGGACAAUAAAAGUGGUCACAGACAUCUGGAUGGAGAAAAUGCCUUCCACCGCAACAGCCUCGACGUGUUUCAGAUCGCAACGGAGCGGAGUCUGGGGAGCAUCUGGCGCAUCCGCAUUUGGCACGACAAUAAAGGACUCAGCCCCUCUUGGUACCUGCAGCACGUCAUAGUGCGGGACCUGCAGAGCAGCAAGAGCUACUUCUUCCUGGUGAAUGACUGGCUGUCGGUGGAGAGCGAAGAGAACGAUGGCAUGGUGGAGAAGGAGGUUUAUGCUGCCAGUGAGACAGAGCUGAGGAGCUUCUCCCGGAUCUUCGUAGCAGAGUUGCAGCGAGGUUUCUUUGAGAAGCACGUCUGGCUAUCCAUGUGGGACCGCCCGCCUCGCAGCCGCUUCACCCGUGUCCAGAGAGCCACCUGCUGCUCCCUCCUCAUCUUCCUCUUCCUCUGUGCCAAUGCUGUGUGGUACGGUGUGGUGGGGAACGUACACCUCAGCAAUGGGGCUGUUUCCAACCUGAUCCCUGUUAAUGUGGACACGGUGGCUGUUGGUCUGGUGUCCAGCGUGGUGGUCUACCCUCUCUACCUGGUCAUUUUAUUUCUCUUCCGGAUGGCUCGUGGCAAGGUCACCAUCAACCACACCCUGACUCACUCAGACCAGCAGUCCUUGGAGAUCGACAACUACCUGGACUCCUCGAUCCUCGACAGCUCCUUCCCCACCUUCCCUGGGCUCCGGGCAGAGGCUUUCUCUGAGCAAACCAAAACAGAUCUGUUCUUGGAGGACUCCAAAAGCCUCGUGCGGUGGCCCUCCAGCGAGGCCCUGCUCAGCUGGCCAGACCUCCUCAGCGACCCCUCCAUCAUGGGCAACACCAUCCAGAAGCUGAAGAGAGGCCGGGCCAGCCGCCACCUUGGACUUGAGGCCCCGUUGGCAACUGAGGAGGACAGCUUGUCACUUGGCGUUCACCAGGGACAGCCUCGGUAUUUCUCUGCCUCAGAUGAGGAUCUGAUCCGGCAGAUCCUGGCAGAUGGAGCUAGCGGGAUCUCCCACUCCCAGGACCUCGGGCCGUACAUGAGGGCUGAAACAGAUCUCAUCUCAGGCCUGUCCAGCGUGUUCGGGGAGAAGGUGGAGACUGUCGUGAUGCAGAAGCUGAACGACAAAGGCCAGAGCAUGGCAGCUCCUCCCAGGGAAGUGAGCAGAUCAGCCAAGUCGACAUGGACAGUUGCAGACCAAACGUUCAGGAAGCGCUUGCUGCCACCCUGGUGUUCCUAUCUGGCUCAUGGUAUCAGUCUCCUCCUCUUCGCCACCUCCACGGGGGUCUCUGUGUGGAUCGGGGUGGGUUUUUCCUCCAGUGUUGCCCUCAUGUGGCUCAUCUCAGGGAUAUUCAGCUUUCUGGCAUCCUUCUUGGUCUGGGAGCCCCUGAAGGUUCUGCUGGAAGCCCUCUAUUUCUCACUGGUGGCCAAGCGCUUGCACCCAGAGGAAGAUGAUACCUUGGUGGAGCAUCCGUUUGUUGAGCAUGUUUCUGAGAAGAUCAGCAAAGUCCGGCCCCCACAGGGGUUUGCCCUUUUCCAGGCCAAGGAGGAGGCCAGGAAGGUCAAACUGCUGCACAGGAUGCUGAAGAAUUUCCUCAUCUACAUGAUGUUCUUGUUGGUGAUCCUGCUUACCAACUACGGAGACGCCUCCCGCAACAGCAGGGCCUUCCUUUUGCAGAGCUCCAUCAAGCAGCAGUUGGGCAGCAACGAAUUCCUCCGCAUCAAGAGGUCAGAUCAGUUCUGGCUCUGGAUGUCGCAGGUCUUCCUCCCUUACCUCUACAACAACCGGUCGGGUCAGGAGAGCUACAGCACCACGCUGGGGACAGCCCGGCUGCGCCAGCUCAGGCUGCAGGAAGCCGAGUGCCAGCGCAGUGCCCAACACAUCCUCCAUAGUGUGGGCACGACUGCCAGGAGGACCUGCACCGACUCGCACAGGUUCUCUACCGCUGACUACGCAGCUGGCUGGGAAAGGGCGGCUGUGAACGUGACGGCUGCAUGGUCCUACUCGCCACCUGACCUGAUUGGGGUCUGGUACUGGGGUUACAUCUCUUUCUACGACAGUAGCGGUUAUGUCCAGGAGCUGGGGGCUUCGCUAGAGGAAAGCAGAGCUCAGCUGAAUUUCCUUCAGCAGCACACUUGGAUCGACAACAUGAGCCGGGCAGUCUUUGUGGAGCUGAUGCAGUACAACCCCAGCGUGGACCUGCACGCUGCCAUCACUCUCCAGCUGGAGUUCCUGGGGGCCGGCCAGGCCAUUGCUGCGGUCACCAUCAGCCCCUUCCCGCUGCUGCGGCUCAGUGGGGGUGUCACGCUGCAGCUUCUCAUGAUGGUCUUCCUCAUGAUGUUUGUGGUCUACUUCGUGGUGUCCGAGUCGCUGUCCAUCAAGAGGGAAGGCAGAGCCUACUUCACCCUGUGGGGCAGCUACGGCCAGUGGGUCUUCAUCCUCCUCACCACUUGUACCGUGGUGGUGCACCUCAGCCAGGCCACCCUUGCUGACCAGCAGUGGCUCAAGUACCUCAACAACCGCAAGGGUUUCACCAACUUCUACCAGGUGGCCUUUCUCAACACCGUCUUCAGCACCUUGGCUGCGUCCCUCCUCUUCCUCCUGACUGUGCAGGCUGCCCAGCAGCUGCGUUUCGUCAGGCAGUGGUCUGUCUUUGGGAAGACCUUUCAGAAGUCUGCGAAGGAGCUGACCGCUGCGGGGCUGGCGUUCACCGUCCUCAUCCUGGCCUACGCUCAGCUCGGCUUCCUGCUCUUCUCCUCCUCCUCGGAGUCCUUCCGCAGUGUCGGCAGCAGCCUCCUGCUGCUCUUUGCCAUGCUGCGGGGCAGCGUGAACCUCCGCCCCUGCCUGCCUGAGUCCUCAGGCCUCUACUACCUGUUCUGCACCAGCUACAUUAUCCUGGAGGUGUGGAUCGUGCUGAGGCUGUUCACCGUGGUGCUUAUCUACAGCUACCGGGAAAUGCACUUCGAGCUGUACCGCCCUGCCUUCGAGCCUCAGGACUAUGAGAUGGUGGAGCUCUUUGUGCGCAGGCUGAAAAUGUGGAUGGGCUUCAGCAAAGCCAAGGAGUUCCGGCACAAGGUGAGGUUCGAGGGGAUGGAGCCGCUGCCAUCCCGAGACUCCAGUGACUCCAAGUCCUUUCGGGGACCCACUCCCAGCGCUGCCUCCGACAGCUCCAGGGCCUCCACCUCCUCCAGCCAGCUGGACGGGCUGAGCCUCGUGCUGAGCACCCGGGACAGCCUGGAAGUGGACGCUGACAUCCAGCGCCUCCUUUCCCUCUUUGAGAUGCUGCUUGCCCAAUUUGACCGGGUCAACCAGGUGACGGAGGACGUGUACCGCAUCGAGCACCAGCUGGAGGGCUCUCAGAGCCGCCGCUCCAGGAGGAGGUACACCCAGAUGUCGGAGGAUGUCCUGAGCAGGUACUGUGCUGGCAGCACAGAGCAGGGGCCCUCACCCGAGAUCUCCUCCGACACGGACCUGCAGCCCCCGCGGGAUGCCCCACUGUCCCCCUGCUCUCCUGCCGCCCCAGCGGGGAGCAGGGGCUCUGUGCCCAGCCGGCUCCUUCGAGCUAGCAGAGGCAUCAGCGUGGCGGCUUCUGUGCUGCCCCCACACAAACCCUACGCCACGGUAGCUCCGGCGGUGAAGAAGAAACGGCCCCUCCGGGCCAAGAACAGGGUGCACCCCACUGUCAAGUAACAGGCGCCGUGCUGGGCAUCGCGGGGAGCAAUGCCCUUGGAGGGCAGGGAGCGCCUGGGAAGGGGUUUGCGAAGGGUGGGCUGUGCCUGCCGUGCAGACCUGGAGCCAAGGAGCUGCUGCUUCUGAUAGCUCCCGCCGCGGCGGCUGUGCCUGCCGGGGCGCGCGGGGCUGCUGCCUGCAACGUGGCUGGCACAGCCGCCGUCCUCCACGGACCUGCCCGGCCCCGGCAGAUGUGCUGACCUCCCCGCUGGUGGUUUCCAGCACUAAGGGCUGGGUGGAGAAGGCUGAGCCUUUCCCUCGGGGACAACUGGGGAAGGCUGUGCGGGGUACGGUCAGCGUGCAGAAAAUCCCUGUUAGGGUAGGACAGUAUUAAAAAGUCAUUUCUUUUGUUAAAUCUGCAAACAGCCUGCAUACGGCGACUGUCACAAGGACACUUUACUGGGGACUGGCACAGGGUGACCGGUACAAAGCUCACCUCCCUUCCCUGCUGGCUGUGCCGGGUGGGAAGGGGGAGAGGAGAGCCCCAGGCCUUGAAGGUUUGAACAGAGUCUUGGAUUUUUGUUGACCAGACACACUGUGGAGGAAAGCUACAGGUUUCGAGAAGAUAUUUAACCCAUCUUUUUUUUAAGCAUAAAUAUAUAUAUAGGUAUAGAUAAAUGAUAUCUAAACCCAGAUCAGUUAAUUUCCAGUAUUGGCUACUUUUAUCCUCCAGAAAUUGGUACUAUUAUUUGUAUUUAAAGAAACCCAAUAUUUAAGACAAGUGCCAUUGCAAGCUGCAGCGAGCUGCCAGCCCUGCCGCCCGGCCAGGCUCGGAGGGAUAAUGAGCAGCAGCUCAGCCUGAGGGCAGUGGAGCCCUCAGGUUGCUUUCAGCCGUCUCUGAGCGUGGGGUUGCCAACGUGCUGGCUUCGCUGCGGUCCCCCACCCACCCCCUGCCCGCCAGUGCUCGCUCGCUCCCCCCGCAAUGGCCCACGGGGCGCGGGCGCUGCUGGCUGCUUGGCUUUUCUACUCCAAGGAAUGUAUUGACGUAAGUAUAUGUAAUUUUUUUGUUUGUUUGUUUACUUGUGCGUAUGUACUGCCCAGCACUUUAAACAAUGCUUUCCUCGGCUAACAAUGACACAUGCAAUCUAACAAGAACGGGAUAAUAUAUCACAAAAGCAGUAUUUUUUUGUUUGUUUAAAUCAUAAACUGAAAUGGGCAAGCGCUGAUGAAGCGAACGCAGCCCCCAGCACGCCCCAGCCUGAGGCAGCCGUGCCGGUACCUCCUGGCAUCUCCCCUCUCCGACAGGCACAAAGGUGGGGGGAGGCAGGUGAAGCCCUAACAGUGUUUGUGGGGGUCCCUCCAGCCCUGGCACCCCGCAGCUCCCCGGGGCCUCGCCGUGUGCUGGGCU